AUGAUCAGAUGGGCUGCUGGAGAGAGUAAGGCUGCAUUUGCCUCGUUCUGCUCCUGGGCCGGCUUGGGGGUUUACUCUGGCUCCGGGACCAGCUUCCGAUCAAGGUCAUCAGGACUGCUUUCCUCCCUGACUUUCUCUGUGUUGAUUGCUCUCCUGGCUUUCUCCCUGUGCGUUCCUGAAGUUGCGUGCCGUCAGAACCGCAGAGACAGACUGAGGUUCUCCGACCAGGAAACAUCUGGGGUUCCACUGAACAUUUCAGAGAGCAAAUUAAUCUCUAGACCUAGAGCCACCAGGGGCCCGCCUGGCCAGGCUGGAGGACCGCAGGGGAGGCAUGUGCGCAGCUACAAUCACCUUCAAGGGGACAUACGUAGGAGAAAGUUGUUCUCUUUCCAGAAGUUUUUCCUGAGGAUCGAUAGAAAUGGACAAGUCAAUGGAACCAAGAGCAAGGAUGACCCACUCAGUAUUUUGGAAAUCACAUCAGUGGAAGUGGGAGUGGUGGCCAUUAAAGGGCUGAACAGCAACUACUAUCUGGCCAUCAGCAGGAAAGGAGAGCUGUACGGAGCGAGAGAGUUUGGUGUCGACUGCAAGCUGAAGGAGCGCAUCGAGGAGAACGGCUACAACACCUACGCAUCGGCUGAGUGGAAGAACAAGAAGCGGCAGAUGUUCGUGGGGCUGAACGUCCACGGGAAGCCGCUGAGGGGAAUGAAAACCCGGAGGAAGAAAACAGCAACCCACUUCCUUCCAAUGAUGGUGUGAACCAAGGAGCCCACCUGGAGUGGAAACAGAUACACAGAGCACUGGACAUGAGAGGUUUUAAAUACCAGACAGCCAUGAAUUAAAGACAUGCAUUGAAAAAUCUCUCAUUUGGGAAAAGAAAAAGGCACUAACACUGUUAAACGAAGUGAACUCUGAUUAGGUUGAGAUUGCUUAUUUCCUUUAGGUGAGAGAUGUUAAUCUAAGUUUUGAGUGGCACCAAAAGCAGGGGUCAUCUUUAUUUUUUUACUGUGCCAAACAGUUUGAAGCUGAAGUCUGUGAUCAACAGAGAAGAUACUAUCCAAGCUAGAUGUAUCGAAAUAUGGUAUUUAUAAUCCAACUUCUCCAGAGAGGCAGGGAAAAAGGUCUGGCAGAAAAUGGCAAAGGUAAAAAUCAGAUUAUCAUGACAGCAUGAAAUAUUAAGAAUUAAAGCACAUUUAAAAUAAUUGUUUGAUACUUAACCACUGAGUUUUUGGCUGAAUUUUAUUG